AUCUAAGCGCGCCGGAAAACAAUAUCUCAGUGGCCCAUCAAGCUGAGCUGGCUGUAUACGUCUGAUGCCUGUGUAGAAUCUCCGUAACGGAUUUUUGUUUUGGAUGUUUUCGAUACAGCUGUAUUAGUGCCUCGGCCAAACGUAUUUUUAUAUAACACUCGACGAAAAAAAUAUUGUCAAGAAUCAUUUGAAUAGAAGAUCCUCUUGUUUGUUCGACGUCAUGGAUUCCGCCAGUCAAGAGGGACUGUGAUAGGUGUUUAAAUGGUCGAAAGCUGUUGUUCAGAGAAAAUGCGUAAGGAAUACCCAGAGGCUUUCAACCCGUCAUUAGAGCACGCGUUCGCUUCUUCCAGAUGAGCACAUACGACAUCAAUCUGAAUUCGCCAAAUAAAGCCCUGGGCUCUGGCUCCCUGGCAGAGGUCCCAGCAGAGGGGGGUGCCUCUGGGGUCGCACCAGUAACACUCCCCCCAGGGCUUACAGAAGAGGAGGCUGAAGAGCUGAGGAUUGAACUCACCAAGGUAGAGGAAGAGAUUCAGACCCUACGGCAGGUGCUGCUGGCCAAAGAGCGCCAUGCAUCCGAGCUCAAGCGCAAACUGGGCCUCAGCCCCCUGAGCGAACUCAAACAGAACAUCUCCAAAGGCUGGCAGGACGUCCAGACCUCAAAUGCAUAUCUUUCAGCCUCCGCCACUCUGGACGACAUUACCCACUCUGAAGUGUACAAGAAGACUCAGGAAACUCUGUCUCAGGCAGGACAGAAGACCUCCGCGGCCUUCACCACCAUGGGCUCGGCUAUCAGCAGGAAACUGGGAGACAUGAGAGCUCUGCCUUUCUCUAACACCUUUGGUAGUAACUACUCCAUCCGCCACUCGAUAAGUAUGCCAGUCAUGAGAAACUCUCCAACCUUCAAAUCAUUUGAAGACAAAGUUGGGAACCUCAAGUCCAAGGUGGUUGGUGGGAGGGCCAACGGCGGGGGCCCGCAGUCGCCGGGUGACUCUCCGAACCCAGCGCAGGACAACGCCCCGUUCUGAGGCACUGAGAACACGCCGCAUGCUCCCCUGACCCUCUACAGCUGCCAUCACUCCUCCCGCUCAGUCUCCGUCGGCCUCCCCCUCUCUCAUUCAGCUCUCCCACCUAAGGCUUGCAUGUGCACAUGUCACCCCUCCACUCUCCACACACACACACACACACACACACACACUCUCACUCUCUUGCACCCCACAGCUUAUGUAACAUAUAGUCAGCCAAAAGGGUUGUACAAAAAGAGAAAAAAGUUAAACCAUUUUGUAUUAUAAAGUAUUUUACACAGCUUUGCAUAAUGUUUUUACAUAACUUUUAUCAAUAUAUAUAUAUAUAUAUAUA